GAGAAGGAAGAAAUAAGAGAGCAGCCCGGGCUCCUCCGCAGGACUGCUGGCGCUUCAUCCCGCACCCGCCCGGCCCCGGUCCUGCCGGCUCCUCCCGGACAUGGGGAGCUGCGCGCGGCUGCUGCUGCUCUGGGGCUGCUCCGCGGUGGCCGCAGGGCUGAGUGGAGUAGCUGGAAUGAGUUCCCGCUGUGAGAAAGCCUGUAACCCUCAGAUGGGAAAUUUGGCUUUAGGGAGAAAACUCUGGGCAGACACCACCUGUGGUCAGAACGCCACUGAGCUGUACUGCUUCUACAGCGAGAACACUGAUCUGACUUGUCGGCAGCCCAAAUGUGACAAAUGCAAUGCUGCUCAGCCUCACCUGGCUCACCUGCCAGCUGCCAUGGCAGACUCGUCCUUCAGGUUUCCUCGCACGUGGUGGCAGUCUGCUGAGGAUGUGCACAGAGAAAAGAUCCAGUUAGAUCUGGAAGCUGAAUUCUACUUCACUCAUCUAAUUAUGGUGUUCAAGUCCCCCAGGCCGGCAGCCAUGGUGCUGGACCGGUCCCAGGACUUUGGGAAGACAUGGAAGCCUUACAAGUACUUUGCAGCUAACUGCUCGGCUACUUUUGGCCUGGAAGAUGAUGUUGUCAAGAAGGGAGCUAUUUGCACUUCUAGAUACUCCAGUCCCUUCCCGUGCACUGGAGGAGAGGUUAUUUUCAGAGCUUUGACACCACCAUUUGACAUGGAGAACCCUUAUAGUGCCAAAGCGCAGGAGCAGCUGAAGAUCACCAACCUUCGUGUGCAGCUGCUAAAACAACAGUUUUGUCCCUGUCAGAGAAAUGACCUGAAUGCAAAGCCUCAACAUUUUACACAUUAUGCGAUCUAUGAUUUCAUCGUCAAGGGCAGCUGCUUCUGUAAUGGCCAUGCUGAUCAAUGUGUACCUGUUGAUGGCUUCAGACCUGUCAAGGCCCCAGGAGUAUUCCACGUGGUCAAUGGGAAGUGUAUGUGUAAACACAACACAGCAGGCACUCACUGCCAACAUUGUGCACCAUUGUACAAUGAUCGCCCCUGGGAGGCAGCUGAUGGCAAAACAGGAUCUCCUAAAGAGUGCAGAACCUGCAAGUGCAAUGGACAUGCUGAUGCCUGUCACUUUGACAUGAAUGUGUGGGAGGCAUCAGGGAAUCGCAGUGGUGGUGUCUGCAAUGAUUGUCAGCACAACACGGAAGGCCAGCAUUGCCAGCGAUGUAAGCCAGGCUUCUACCGGGACCUCCGGAGACCCUUCUCUGCUCCAGAUGCUUGCAAAUUGUGUUCCUGCCAUCCAGUUGGAUCAGCUGUCCUUCCUUUCAGCUCAGUGACCUUCUGUGACCCCAGUAAUGGUGACUGCCCUUGCAAGCCCGGGGUGGCAGGGCCACACUGUGACAGGUGUAUGGUGGGAUACUGGGGCUUCGGAGACUACGGCUGCAGGCCCUGUGAUUGUGCAGGGAACUGCGACCCUCUCACAGGAGAUUGCAUCAGCAGCAGCACAGACAUAGACUGGUAUCAUGAAAUUCCUGACUUCCAUUCCACGCAUAAUAAGAGUGAAUCAACCUGGGAGUGGGAGGAUGAGCAAGGAUUUUCUGCACUUCGACAUUCAGGUAAAUGUGAAUGUAAGGAACAGGUUUUGGGAAACUCCAAGGCAUUCUGUGGAAUGAAAUAUUCAUAUGUGCUAAAAAUAAAGAUUUUAUCAGCUCAUGAUAAAGGAUCUCAUGCUGAGGUCAGUGUGAAGAUUAAAAAAGUCUUAAAAUCUACCAAAUUGAAAAUUUUACGAGGAAAGCGAACAUUAUAUCCAGAAUCAUGGACUAACAGAGGCUGCACUUGUCCAAUCCUCAAUCCUGGUUUGGAGUACCUUGUAGCAGGACAUGAGGAUGUAAGAACAGGCAAACUAAUUGUGAAUAUGAAAAGUUUUGUUCAGCGCUGGAAACCAUCUCUUGGUAGAAAAGUCAUGGAUAUUUUAAAAAGAGAGUGCAAGUAGCAAUAAAGGUGUAUGGCACAUAAUGGCACUUCUCUAUGGAUAAAACACAAGCUUGGUGGAAAGGAGAACUCAAUAAUGAAACUGGAAUAUUUUUAAGUGCCAAAAUGUAUAGAAAUGUUCCAAUGCAUGGGCCUUGUCUAUCUCUUUGGGCCCAUGUUUAAAUACACUUUGUUUCAUAAAGAGAAAUGAAAAAAAAAUCUAUGCUGAUACCUGUUUUCUAUAGAAUUGAUUCUGAAAUUCAUAGCUAUUAAGAAUCUUUUAAUAGCGGUAUGAUAUUUAACAAUAAUCCAUUAAGGGCAAUAAAUAUAACAAGGACUUCUCCCAGCUUUGGAUGUUACUUACUUUAAUUAAUAAGAUUUUAAGGAAUCCCAACCCUUCUAUCAGAAAAGGUGUCUCUUAAAAAGAGCCUUCUCUUGUGUGAUGUGUGUGAACUUUGGCCUGUGGUGUGUUAAGAGGAACCUCUCCACAUUUAUAUAGUAUUUCUCUGUAUAAAGCACUUUACUACCUAUCACUUGUGUUGUGUGAGUUGGGAGACGCUGUUGACAGCAAAAAAAAAAAAAAAAAGAAAAGAAAAGGGCGUGUGUGAGAAAGCCUACUGAAACAGAAGCACUGCCACUGAAUGUGGACAAACAUGACCAGAGAAAGGAAGUUGUACUAUUUGACUCUGAAUACUUGGAGAAAAUAUGUGAAGAUGCAACCUUAAAGGAGAAUAUGUUUGCAUGAAGUCUCAGCUUCAGGCUAGAGAUUAGAUUCCAGAGAUAUUGGCCAUGAUGAGUCAUUUUUUAUAAACAGAAAGAGACUUUAAAAUAAGAGAAAGAAAUCUUAAGUAUAAAAAUAUGCUUUGGUAACGAGGAAAUGGACUAUAAAUUUUAAAGGGCUCAUUUAUUUGCAAUGCACUGUAUACACUUCAAAAAUUCUUAUAGACACAGAAUUUGUUUUAUUUUUGUGUUUUAGUAUUUAAACAUGAAUAUUGAAAGUUUCUUCCUUUUCUUUAUUAACAGUAUAUGGUCAUUUAUAGUUACUCAUUUUUUUUUUUGACACAGUGUAUGUGAUAGUUCACAAAAUUACAGUUUUUUAUUAUUAUUCAUCUUCUGUACCCAUGUAUAAUCACUCUAUAUAUAGUUUCUUCUGUAUUUGAAUAUACAAAACAUGAACCACAGUACCACAUUAAUUUCACAUACAGAACAUAUAUUUUUCCUGAGGUCCUGUGGACUUGCAAAAUAUAUAUGUGUAUAUAUAUUGCUUUGUUAAUUUUUUAAUAUGUAAUAAAGAAAUAUGAUCUCCUGA